AUGGGAAUCGUAUUCAGUAACUUGUGGAAUCGUCUCUUUUCUAAAACCCCUGUCAAAAUUAUCAUUGUCGGCUUGGACAAUGCUGGCAAAACUACCAUCUUGUAUCGACUACUUAUGAACCAAGUCGUCACCACUACACCAACCAUUGGCAGCAACGUUGAACAGGUUGAAUACAAGAAUAUCAAGUUUCUCAUGUGGGAUAUCGCUGGUCAAGAGACAUUACGGUCAUCAUGGAAGACGUAUUAUGUUGAUACCAAGGCUGUUAUUAUGGUGAUUGAUAGUACGGAUGCAGCAAGAUUGAAUAUUGCAAAAGAGGAACUACAUCACAUGAUGGAAAGCGACCAACUACAAAAUGCAAGUUUGCUCGUGUUUGCCAACAAGCAAGAUGUGAAAUCAUCCCUCUCGGCUGCCAAGAUCUCGGAGGCUCUUAGCUUGUCAAGUUUAAAGGAUCGACAAUGGCAUAUCCAGGCGUGCUCGGCAUUAUCCGGUGAUGGAUUGCAUGAAGGAUUGGAUUGGCUCGUGUUGCAAAUUGCAGGAUCAUAA